CAGUAGCCACAACACGCAGACGUUCACCAGUCGUCCAAACGUUCGAUUCGACGCUACUUUGUGCUAGCACCGACACAAACCAAUUUCCUACAACGAAUAAAAAUGGUUGUCGAGAUUAAGACUGACGAAGAGUUCAAGAGCACUCUUGAGAAGUCUGGAGAUAGUUUAAUUGUAGUAGAUUUCUUUGCUACAUGGUGUGGUCCCUGUAAAUCAAUUGCACCUAAACUUCAGGAACUGUCUGAGCAAAUGACAGAUGUUAUAUUUUUAAAAGUAGAUGUAGACGAAUUCCCAGAUCUUGCUGCAGAAUAUAACAUUAACAGUAUGCCUACCUUUAUAUUUAUCAAGGGUGGUAAAGUGCUGGAAACCUUCUCUGGUGCAAAUUACGAGAAACUCAAACUUGUACUUCAGAAGCACAUGUGAAUAAUUAAUUUGAUCAAUGAUAAUAUUGUUAAGCAAAAUCGAUUAAUAAUUUGCACUAAUAAAUAGAACUUACAAAAUUUGAGCUAGCAGUUAGGCCAUUGAAGAUAUUCUUACAUUAGCUUUGUACUCCAGCAGCAGCAUUUUGUGAAGCCUCAUCUCCACUUGUGCCCUAUUUGAAGGAGCCUAUCUAUCUUGACUAUGCAUCAUCGCUAAAAUUGGUCAAUGUUUAUAAUGUUUCCUACAAUUUUAAAAGUUGAUUGAGUUUGAUAAGCUUUUAGAACACAUUUUAGUUAGUAGAACUUGUAAUAUCUGAAUAAGACACGAUACCAAGUUCCAUCCAAUCAUUAUUGAAGCAUUUGCUUGAUUUGUAAAAGAUAAAAGUAAAAAGCACUUCCAUUGUAAAGAAAGAGGAAGUGUAAUAAAAUUGUCAAAACAUUUGGAGAUAUUACACCGAAAUGUUCACAUUUUAUUAAAAUAAUCAUUAUCGUUUAUUGUUACAUUGAUUCAACCUGAUCUACCUUACAUUUAUUGUUACAUUCAUUUUUACAAGUAGUUAAGUUUGUCAUUUCGGUCACAGAUUUAAGGGCCGCACAAACAAUUUCAUACAAUCAUAGACUUGAUGUUUUAAGGUAAAUAAAUAGUUUCAGUUAAUGCAAAAUAUAUUUUUAAUGGACAGUUUUAAAAAUCAAAAUCUUUUGAUAAUAAUUAUCAAAGUAAUAAAGUAAGAUGGCUGUGGGAAACUUCAGUGAUUGUAUUGAAUAGUUUAUGAGAUUAAAUAAAUGCGUAACAAUAAAUUAA